CUUAUAAGAAAGACACCCACCUAGAUACAAUGGGUGACGCAGAGAAAAAGCGCCUGAUUGAACUGAACAUGACAAGGGAAUCCUUGUGUAUGGUGGAAGGAAAAGGUGACUCAACUUGGCUCAGACCUCAGAGGAGACACUUCCCUCAAAGUAAUCGAAGUUCACUAGAGACCUACAGAGAAAAAGAGCCUGAGCUUGACACUGGCAGGAGCUCCUGGACAGCACUCACUCCUCUUCACCACAAGGAGAGGAGGCACUUUCCAGAAAGAAAUAAUGCCAUUUUUGGAUGAAGCACCACUUCACCAGCUGCCUUCUUGUUUGAGCUCAGGACAUUUCACAAAAUAAGGAGAAGCCCGAUAUUACAGGGCUGCUUUUAAAAUGAGUUUGGAUAUCUAACACUGCUAGAAACUGUUUCAACAGUAGCUCAGUUCCCAAUUAAACUCAUUACUAACAUUCUAAAGUACAUUUUAAAACCAACAUAAUGUACUUUUCUUCCUCAGGACAAGACUCAGAAAUGAACAAAAGUUGAUUCACUGGAACUGUGUCUAAGACUGUAAAAUUUUGACCAUGAAACCUACGGUUUAUUUCUAAACUGAAUUAAAAUUAUAAUGUGUGUGUGCAGAUUGGAUUUCCAGUUUAUUUUAUGUGCAUUUUAAGCUGUACAUUUCAGUCACUAGAGGUUAAAAUUAAUUUCCA